CGUCUCUGGGCGCUGCGGCCAUCUGCACCUGUUUUGCCGCCGCAUUGCAAAUUCCACAAGGACUGGAAACAAUACAAACCUGCUAAUCUUGUAAGGGCAUUGUGUGUGAUACUUAAGAAGUACCAGCAGAUUGCGAUGAACGAAACCCAGACUCCAUCUUCACCAACAGUCCAAUCAAGCGGUUGUUAAUCUUCUUUCCUUGGCUUAUCAUCUGGGCUCUCUCACCACCAAUUUCUCAGUCCCUUCUCUUUGCUUCGCCGUAUUUCCUCGAUUAUCUUUCUAUCCCCUUUGGCUUUCUAUCUGUCUCCCAUUAGGACGUCAUCGCACAAUGGCUCCUAAGGCCGAUGUCCAGGUCCUAAUCGUCGGCGGCGGCAUUGCCGGGUUGACGCUGGCGAACAUCUGUAAGAAAACCGGGCUCAGCUACAAGGUGUUCGAGCGUACUGCCGAGGUAACCCCCGUGGGUGCAGGCAUCUCGCUGGCCCCGAAUGCUCUCCGGUUGCUCGACCAACUCGGCUUCAUGGACAUUAUUCGAAAGGAAGGCCAGCCGCUGCGAAAGAUCCAAGUCUAUCGCAACACUACCCGAUGGAGUCUACUUGACUUUGAAUGGCUCGAGCCAACAUAUGGCUAUUCAAUGUACUCGAUGCCCCGGCACAGCAUGCACCGCGCCUUGUACCACCGAGCAGAUGCGGAGCACGUCAUCCUGGGAGCUGAGGUUGUUGGCAUUGAAGAUGAGCCCAACUCUCCGACGGUCAAGGUUCGUCUGGCCGAUGGCCGCGAGUUCAGCGGUGAGGUGCUCGUGGGCGCUGAUGGCAUUCGGUCGAUCGUACGGCGGCUCCUUGCCGACAAGCAAGGGCUGGCAGGCGUCAACACCAUCCGGUUUACCGGGCGCACCCACAUGACAGGCAUCUCUUAUCCGCUGGAGCAUCUCGGACCUAACGAUCUCGGAGUGGCAACCUGGGUCUUCUACGAUGACUGCAUUCUCACCUCUUGGCCGUGUACCGAAAAUCGCCAAUGGUUUGUCGGGGUCAAGUCUUCCGAAGCCAAGACCACCACACGAUCCACUUGGAAAGUGGUCGAUGUGGCGGAACGCGUGACGGCGAGUGAUGUGUUUGAGGAAACCGCCUUCCCGAAGAUGGCGCAUGGCCGUGUGGCCCUGGUGGGAGACUCGGCGCAUUCCAUGACAUCCUUCAUUGGUCAGGGUGCUUGCCAGGCAAUUGAGGACGUGGGAGAAUUAGCGAACCUGCUGCACACCUACUUUGCCGGCCAGUCGGGGGAUCCGCAGGUGCUGCAGGACUUGCUGCAGGAAUUCCGCAAAAUCCGAGAGCCACGGGCACGCAACCUCGUGUACUAUUCCAGCAUAUUCGCACAGGUGCAUACAGGACGCCUCCCGUACGGACUGGGGCCACUGGCACGCCGGAUUGCCUUCACCUAUGCCCCUGUGUGGUGCUGGAAAUGGGCUUGCAAUCCACUGUACGGGUACCAGCCGCGCGUCCACGCGUUGGAUCUGUUGUCCCGGUAG